AUGGGAGCUAACUUUUUGAUCGUCAUAGUAGCGGCGUCAAUUUUACUAGCCAUAAAUGGUCAACCAGCGCCGGAAGACAAAGAAAUCACUGAAACCGAAACGGGUGAGAAAACCCAAAAGCAUGAAGAAUCUUCCGCGGAAAAUCCUCCAGAAGCGGCGUCGGAUGUCGCGAAAGGCGAAAUCGGCGCUACUAGUCCAGCGAUCGACACUAACGAAGGAACAGAAGUGCAGCCAAACGCCGGGAACGAAACAGCAAGUCUAGAAGUUUCUAUAAGUCAACCGACCGCUCAAGCCACGACCGAGAGGGAGACGUCGAACCAAGUCUUCAUAUUAGUACCGGUAUCGUCGAACCCAUUUCCGAACUACUUCCCCGUUCCGCCGAUGUACCCGGGACAGCCGCCGUCGGGUCCAGGCCAACCGCAAUUCGUAUUCAACCAGCCACAGAUGCCACCGUUAAUGCCGAUGCACCACCCUAUGAUGUUCCCGCCACCGCCCCCGCCACCGCCACCGCCACCGCCCCCGCCACCUUUAAUUACAGCGCCCGUUGGCAACGCGCCGAACGGCCAACCGACCGCUGUAAUGCACGUGUACUAUCCUCAACCGAACCCGACGGGACCACCACAGUUCGUUCUUCUCAAUCACCGGACAAACCCCUCAGACGUUGUAGAAGGACAUUCGGCAGUGUACUUUAAUAAACCCAACAAGAAUCAAGAAGUAAUCAUCAUCAAAUCGAAU